UCCAUGGACUUAUUUCGAAAGCUUGGAUCCGGAGCUAAAUUUGAUCUUAGACGUUUCCAGAAAGACGCAGAGAGGUUUCAGCUUGUCAAACCUGCAGAAGAUAAGAAAUUCAAAACUGAUUUGCUGAAGGCUCUAGAUUUUUUUGGCACAUCAGCCAUAAAGCAUGGUGAUGUGAAUAGUGAAUUAGCUGCAGAGAACAGCCCUGAAAGGCCAAAGAGGAAAAUAAUUGAAGAAGCACAUGUUGAGAGAAAAAAGAAAAAGAAGAAAACAAUAACAGAAAGCCAUUCUGGUGCUGAGAAUACAGAGAAUUUCAGUGCAGCUAAUCUUGAUGAUGUUCAGUUGUUGUCGUCAUGGAAACCGGAGAACAAGGAAGAAAAGAAAAUGAAUCCUAAAAAAAUUGAACAAAUCAGACGAGAAAAGGUAAAUGCAUUCCGGAAAAAACACAAAAUCCAUAUUUCUGGAACCGACAUCCCGGAUCCCAUCGACUCAUUCCAGCAACUGAAACAAGAAUAUAAAAUUAAUUCUACAAUCUUGAAAAAUGUUGAAGACGUUGGAUACCAGUCUCCCACACCUAUACAAAUGCAGACACUCCCAUUGAUGCUUCAUAGACGGGAAGUUUUGGCGUGUGCACCAACAGGGUCUGGAAAGACAGCUGCAUUUAUUAUUCCAGUAUUACACCAUCUGAAGGAGCCAAGAAAGCAAGGAUUCCGUGCAGUGGUUGUGUCACCAACUAGAGAAUUAGCCCAGCAAACAUACCGAGAGUUUUGUCGUCUUGCAGAGGGCAGAAGUUUCAGGAUUCAUAUCAUCGACAAGACUUCUCAGGCGGCCAAGAAAUUUGGACCCCAAUCUUCACAAAAAUUUGAUAUCUUAGUGACCACACCAAACAGACUGGUCUAUAUGUUGAAUCAACACCCUCCAGCUUUGAACCUUACAAACGUUGAAUGGCUAAUUGUGGAUGAAUCUGAUAAGCUAUUUGAAGAAGGAAAACAAGGAUUUCGCGAGCAGCUAGCAUUGAUCUACAAAGCGUGUGACUCCAUGCAAGUACGUCGUGCCAUGUUCAGUGCAACGUUUGCUUACGAUGUCGAACAGUGGUGCAAACUGAAUUUAGAUAAUGUUGCGUCUGUCACUAUUGGUCAAAGGAAUGCAGCAGUUGACACUAUUGAACAGGAGCUUUUGUUUGUCGGCCAAGAAUAUGGUAAACUACUAGCAAUCAGGGACAUUAUUAGGAAGGGUGUUCAGCCUCCAAUGUUGGUAUUUGUACAGUCUAAGGAAAGAGCUAAAGAGUUAUUUCUUGAACUCAUCUAUGAUGGUAUUAACGUAGACGUCAUUCACGCCGAUAGAACACAAACACAGAGAGACAACGUUGUGAGGAGUUUCCGUGCUGGCAAGAUAUGGAUACUGAUAUGUACAGAGUUGAUGGGCCGCGGUAUUGACUUCAAAGGAGUCAACUUAGUCGUCAACUAUGACUUUCCGUCAUCAGCUGUGAGCUACAUUCAUCGAAUUGGACGUACUGGUAGAGCGGGCAGAGCUGGGAGAGCUGUGACAUUCUUUACACACGAUGAUGUGACAAACCUCAGGAGUAUUGCAAAUGUCAUGAGAGAAGCUGGAUGUCCUGUACCAGACUACAUGCUAGAAUUACCCAAACCUAGCAAGAAAACAAGGAAGCAGCUGGCAAAACAUGAAGUGAAGAGAGAGACCAUCAGAACAUUACCCACAGAUAUACUGCAAAGGACAAAAAGGAAAAAGAAAUUUAUCAAAAUGAUCAAGCAGAGAAGGGAUGAAGACCGCAGUGUUGUCAAUGAAAAUGAAAAAAAGGUGAAAAUCAAAACAAGAAGGAAAAGUAAUGAAAAGCCUGUAAAGGAAACUGCUGAUGGUGGUCAUGUUACAGAACCAAACAAAGUGAAGGAGAAGAAUUCAAAAACUGACACAAGGACUGAAACCAUUUCAAAAACUGCUACAUUAAAUGUAAAGCAAGUUCAUCGAAAGGAAAAAUCAGUCACAAAGAAAUCAACACAGAAAACAAAGAAAAACUUAUGAUGAUUAAAAUGCAUCUAGUUUUAUCCGAA